AUGCGUCGACGCCACGGCGCCAUCGUCACGCCGGCGGGAGUCAGCCUCCCCGGCGGCGACGCCGAGGACGGCGGCUACAUCACGUGCACAGGCGGCACCCCAACUUGCCCGUCUAGUGUUCCACGCCACGCCGUCAGUGCAUCUUGCGAUCGACGUGACAGUUGUGCGAUUCGCGUUCUGUCUAAAGUGCCUGCUUGUCUUACAGCGUGGCUGGCGGUCGGCGCGGACCCCGACGAGGACCCCGACGCGGCCGGGCUGUUCCCCGAGGCCCUGCCCACGGCGCAGACCAGCGAGCGGCGCAGGCAGACGACGACGGCGCCGUCCUCGCACGCGGCGAACGCGGCGCACGCGGUGCGGUGUGAGGGCUGCGGCCGCGUCUACAACCACCGCGCCUCGUACUACUGCCACCGCAAGUACGAGUGCGGCAAGGAGCCGCAGUUCCAGUGCCCCUACUGCCCGCACCGCUCCAAGCGCAUCGGCAACCUCAAGAAGCACGUUGUCACGCUGCACCCGGGGCAGCUUCCAUGGAAGCCCGAGCCGGACUGGCACUUCCGGGCCAGGCCGCGGCAGCCGCGGCACCUGUACCAGUACGUUGAAAGUCGUCUUCGUAUUAAAUUGUGUCUUGCCUCGCCCCCCGUUGGCAGCACUGGCAGCACUGGCAGCGCCAACAAGGACGCCCGGCCCACGCUGUGCGUCUGCGGCCGCUGGUUCCGCUACCGGUCCUCGCUGUACCGCCACCUCAAGUACGAGUGCGGCAAGGAGCCGGCCUUCCAGUGCCACCUGUGCACCUUCCGCACCAAGCGGCUCCUCGGCGGGAGGAGACGCUCCAACCGCGGCGCCGCCAGCGCCCGCAGCCACCGCAGCAAGGACGCCAGGCCCGCGGUGUGCAUCUGCGGCUGCUCGUUCCAGUACCGGUCCUCGAUGUACCGCCACAUCAAGUACGAGUGCGGCAAGGAGCCGCAGUUCCAGUGCCCCUACUGCCCGCUGCGCUCCAAGCGCGCCAGCAACCUCAAGAAGCACGUCCUCACCCUGCACCCGGAACAGCCACAACUGGCGCCGGAUUACCAAGCGUGGCCAGCGCAAGCGCUCAACUGACUUACGUGCUCUGCCUGUAGUUUUCGUGUUUUUUUGUUUGUUUUUGUUUUUUAAGAAAUAAAGGUGCUUUUCAAUUUA